CCGUCCCCGCGGGGAAUCUCCUUACUGGCUUGGCGCAAAGCAAAGGGUGGCCAAAAACGACGUCACCUCCAUCUUCUUCUUCGUUGUCGUCUCCUUCGCCAUUGCAGCUCUAUAAUCACCUGCUCGUCGACGAUCAGCUUCGGCCUCGGCAUGUAGGUUCAACGGAGCUACAGAACAAGAAGCAGCAGCGAAGUAAUCUCUCGUGAGGUGGAGAAAGAGAUGGUGCACAGCGCCUACGAUUCCUUCGAGCUCCUCACCGACUGCCCCGCCAAGAUCGAGGCCAUCGAGUCCUACGGCUCCAAGCUCCUCCUCGGCUGCUCCGACGGAUCCCUCCGGAUCUAUGGCCCCGACUCCUCCCCGCCCUCCGACUUCCACCACCAGGGCUUCGACCUCCGCAGGGCCCCAUACGUGCUCGAGAGGAACGUGACUGGCUUCUCCAAGAAGCCGCUGGUCUCCAUGCAGGUGUUGGAGUCCAGGGAGCUGCUCCUCUCGCUCUCCGAGUCGAUCGCCUUCCACAGGCUCCCCAAUUUGGAGACCGUUGCCGUUCUCACGAAAGCGAAAGGCGCAAAUGUGUACUCUUGGGACGACCGGAGAGGGUUCCUUUGCUUCGCGAGGCAGAAGAGGGUCUGUAUCUUCAGGCACGAUGGGGGAAGAGGAUUUGUGGAAGUGAAAGAAUUUGGGGUACCAGACAUGGUGAAGUCGAUGUCAUGGUGUGGCGAAAACAUUUGUUUGGGAAUUAGGAGAGAGUACAUGAUCAUGAACUCCACAAACGGUGCAUUGUCCGAGGUAUUUCCUUGUGGGAGGCUUGCUCCGCCUCUAGUGGUUUCACUUCCUACCGGUGAACUUAUUCUUGGGAAGGUACUCGCUUCUCUGCUGACUCCACAUGUGCCUGCAUUUGUUUGUCCAAUGCACUGGCAUCUUAUUUCCGGGAAGCUCCUUCCAGAAGGCAGGAUUUGUUGGUCAGAGGCUCCUCAAGAAGUCAUCAUUCAGAAGCCAUAUGCCAUUGCUUUGCUCCCAAGAUAUGUUGAGAUUCGAUCUCUUCGAGUUCCUUAUCCCCUGAUACAGACUGUCGUUCUUCGGAAUGCUCGUCAUCUUAUUCAAAGCAGCAGUGCAGUAGUUGUUGCGUUGGAUAACUCUAUUUAUGGACUCUUUCCAGUGCCCCUUGGUGCGCAGAUAGUACAGUUAACAGCAUCUGGCAAUUUUGAGGAAGCUUUGGCCUUGUGCAAGUUGCUUCCCCCAGAAGAUGCAAGCCUUCGAGCUGCAAAGGAAGGAUCGAUUCAUAUAAGAUAUGCGCACUAUCUUUUUGAGAAUGGAAGCUAUGAGGAAGCAAUGGAGCAUUUCUUGGCAUCCCAAGUAGAUAUUACUUACGUGCUCUCUCUCUAUCCAUCUAUUGUCCUUCCCAAAACUGCUGUGAUUCCAGAGCAUGAGAAAUUGAUGGACAUGUCUUGGGAUGGUGCAUACCUAUCCAGGGGUUCAUCAGGGAUGUCUGAUGACAUGGAAUCGCUUCCCACACAUUUGCAAGAGUCUGAAGAGAAUGCGGCACUUGAGACCAUUAAAAUGAACCACAACACUCUCAUGGCUCUUAUUAAGUUUCUACAGAAGAAGAGGUACAGCAUAAUUGAUAAAGCCACUGCUGAGGGCACAGAAGAGGUUGUGUUGGAUGCCGUGGGUGAUAGUUUUGGCCCAUAUGACUCAAGUAGGUUUAAGAAAUCAAAUAAGGGACGUGGAAGCACCCCUAUCAGUUCUGGAGCGAGGGAUAUGGCAGCAAUACUAGAUACUGCACUACUCCAGUCUCUUCUUCUCACUGGGCAGUCUUCAGCUGCUUUAGAGUUACUAAAAGGUCUUAAUUAUUGCGACGUGAAAAUAUGUGAGGAGAUUCUUCAGAAAAGAAAUUUUUAUGCUGCUGUUCUAGAGCUUUACAAGUGUAAUUCAAUGCACCGUGAAGCACUUAAAAUGCUGCAUCAGUUAGUGGAAGAAUCAAAAUCAAAUGAAUCACAAGGUGACCUCAACAAAAAAUUUAAGCCCGAGUCCAUGAUUGAAUAUCUCAAGCCUCUGUGUGGGACCGAUCCUAUGCUUGUGCUGGAGUUUGCGAUGCCUGUUCUUGAAAGCUGCCCUACUCAAACUAUUGAGCUCUUUCUGUCUGGAAAUAUUCCAGCAGACUUGGUCAAUUCUUAUUUGAAGCAGCAUGCCCCGAACAUGCAGGCCACCUACUUGGAACUUAUGCUUGCAAUGAAUGAAAAUGGCAUCUCUGGAAACCUUCAAAAUGAAAUGGUGCAAAUCUAUCUUUCCGAGGUCCUUGAAUGGUAUGCAGAACAAAGCGCUCAGAAGCAAUGGGAUGAGAAAGUCUACACUCCAACAAGGAAGAAGUUGCUUUCUGCUUUAGAGAGCAUCUCAGGUUACAACCCUGAGGCACUGUUGAAACGGCUUCCGGCAGAUGCUUUGUAUGAAGAGCGAGCAAUUUUGCUGGGUAAAAUGAAUCAACAUGAGCUCGCCUUGUCUUUGUAUGUUCAUAAGCUUCAUGUUCCUGAUCUGGCACUGUCCUAUUGCGACCGUGUUUAUGAGAGCACUCUGCACCAACCACAAGGAAGAUCCGUAGGCAACAUAUAUCUCACUCUUCUCCAAAUAUAUCUAAAUCCUAGGAGGACAACAAAAAAUUUUGAAAAGAGAAUUUCUAAUUUAGUGACGUCUCCAAGCACCAGCAUUCCUAGAGUUAGCUCGGGAAGUUCUGUUAAAGCUAAAGUAAGCCGUGCAGUGAAGAAAAUUGCUGCAAUAGAGGGUGCAGAGGAUAUGAAAAUAAUCACGAGUGGAACUGACAGUGGCAGAAGUGAUGGUGAUGCUGAUGAAUCCAGUGAAGAAGGAGGUUCCACUAUCAUUCUUGAUGAAGUUCUUGAUCUGUUGAGCAAACGCUGGGAUCGAAUCAAUGGAGCUCAAGCUCUAAGGCUCUUACCCAGAGAGACUAAACUGCAGAACUUGCUUCCCUUUCUCGGGCCCCUCGUUAGAAAGUCCCGCGAAGCUUACAGGAACUACUCUGUCAUUAAGAGUUUGAGGCAGAGUGAGAACCUCCAGGUGAAAGAUGAACUCUACUCACAGAGGAAAGCUGUGGUGAAGAUCACGAGCGAUACUAUGUGCUCAAUCUGCAACAAGAAGAUUGGCACGAGUGUCUUUGCAGUCUAUCCAAAUGGCAAGACACUCGUACACUUUGUUUGCUUCAGGGACUCUCAAAGCAUGAAGGCCGUGGCCAAAGGCUCACCACUACGGAGGCGUUAGAUCCUUCACCUUGAGGGUUGUGAUUUAGGCAGUUCAAUGUAUGCCACAAAUCCACCAUGAAAUUAGCUUGCGAGGGUAUGAUACUCGCAAGCAUAUUAUGAUCAUUUAAGUGGCAUCGCAGUUAGAAUCCCAUGCUACUGCUAAGGGCAGAAUAGAAAAACGCAGCAAGGAAGCCAGAGGUAGGGGCGAUUUCGGUCGUCACAGCAACCCUGUAAACUUAUUUAUGUCGACUCUGUCAAGUGGAGUACUGGAUUUUGUUCGAAUUCGUGUUGAGUGCAAAUAGGAUUGGUUGUGGGUAUGGGGCUUUCCUCAGGUUCUCUGGUAUUUGCGGCGUUCUUGUUUCUUGGGUGGAAAGGGGCAGAGUAACAGGUGCUUGUGGAGUUGAGAGUGUGAUUUUUGAUCAUCUGUAUAUCGACUUGGGAUUGGUCUCAUGAGAUCAUGUUGUAUUUUGCAGCGCCUUAACUUAUAUGAACUGAUCCGAUUUGAGGCAGGCAGGUAUUGCAAAGAAACUGUUCUUGUGUAAAUUAAGAUCGAAACAGAACAGCCAAAGAAGUUUCACAGUUGCAAUGUUCUGUUUUCAAUUACAAGUGGGAAUACAAUCCCCUGUUAUUUUGUCA